AUGAUGAACGGCGUCGGCGGCGCGCUCUACGAGGAGGCGCACGCGUCGCCGCCAGGCGGCUCGCCGCCCGCCGCGCCCGCCGCCGCGCCGCCCUCCGCCUCCAGCGCCUCGCCCGCCUCCGUCGCCUCCAACCCGCCGCAGCCCCUGCACAUCCCGGCCAAGCGCUACGACCCCGAGCCGGGCGUCAUCCGCCACGCGCAGCAGCCCUGGGGCUACCCGCCGGACGGCCCGGCCGCCUUCGACCACCAGUACCCGGCCGGGCCCACCUACUACAACCUGCCCGUCGAGCGGGAGCGCAAGUCCGCGCUGCCUUUCUGGCCGGCGAGCGGCGGCGAGUACAAGCCGUAUGCGGACGGCGGCUGCCACCAGGGCUUCUCGCAGCCCUGCUGGAACUACCCGUACGGCGCCCCGCGCGGGGACCAGCCGCUGUCGUACGUCGGUGGGGAAGAGCGGCGCACGGCGGUCUCCGAGGCGUCGGGUUUCUCGCACGACGCCUACGGUCUUCGGAACUACGCGCCCGAGACUGUGUCCAGCGCACCUUACCCACCUCCGAGUGGUCUACCCGGUUCCCUUUCGAUGUCGGUGGGCGUCGGAGUAGGCUGCGGAUCCUCAAAUCCACUGGAUUGGACUGGGCAAGUGACGGUGCGCAAAAAACGCAAACCCUAUUCAAAGUUCCAAACUCUCGAGCUGGAGAAAGAGUUUCUCUUCAACGCUUACGUAUCUAAACAGAAGAGAUGGGAGCUGGCGAGGAAUUUGAAUCUCACAGAGAGACAGGUGAAGAUAUGGUUUCAGAAUAGACGGAUGAAGAAUAAAAAGAAUUCUCAACGGCAAGCGGCACAGGCGGCGCAGAACAACAACAAUAACUCCAACGCCAAUAACCACAACCAUCAUGGUGGCCACCACCACGCUCCCCACCACGUGGCGUUGCACCACGCGCCGCCUUCGAAACACCAUCAGUGA